CUCUAGAAUAUGCGAUUAUCAGUCCUACUUCGAUCGAAGUGGGAUGUCAUAGUUUCAGUAGCAUUAUCACGACCACAAAUAGUCGCAGCGCCUAUGACUGAGUUAGAGAAAAGAUUUCAAAAUCUCCAACUUGAAGAGGAGCGUGAAAAAAGCCUGCUCUGCAAUUUCGAGCUGAAGUCCAUCAGGGAUCAGAAGUUACUUGCUAAGAGAGCUGAAUUAGAACGAGAAGGAAAGGAGCUGUCAGAGCUUGAUGAACAGAUUGGAGUAGCUAAUGCACAAAUAGAAGACGAAUGGAAUAGAAGAGGAGAAGAGUUGGUAAAGAGUCUUGGAUUGUCUAAUUCUCAAGAUGGAAAGAACGAUGUGAAAGAUCUGAGAAGAUUUCUCGACAGGAAACUUUUGCUGAUUGUUCGGCAACGACUAGGUCAAACGAACUACGAAAGUCCAUGGAUAUUACCUCAAACAAAGCAUUUAUCUGGAGAGAGCUUGCGCGAGACUGCAGAACGGUGUCUUAUAGAGAUUGCCGGCGAAGUAACGGCAUCCAUUCGUGGCAACGCUCCAUUUGCUGUUUUCACGCAGAAAUACCCUAAACCGCUCAAAGCUCGGCUUGGAAAGGAUGGCGCUAAGAUAUUUUUCUACCAUGCGGUUUUGGGUCCUCCUAGUCGUUUUCGCCCAGCCAAGGAAGAGGUUGUCGAUUACAAGUGGGUAGUGCGAGAAGAGUUUUGGUCGACCGUAGCAACAAGCAAGUACAAAGCUUGUGUUAACGGCGUAUUUUUGGAGUGAUCAAGUAGAUCAAAUAGUCAUAGUCAUGUAGAUUGAUGUGUUCUCAGGUUAAUUGUUGAUAAUUAUUGAUCUUAAUAUUAAUGCUCUAUUUUCAUAUUUCGAAAUAAAUGUAAUAAAUGUAACUUG